AUGUACAAACAAUUUAUUGAUCCCGAUGCUACGAAUAGUGGAGGCUAUGAACGUCGUCCACGUGGAACAAAACCCGAUGAUGAAAAUAAAUUUAAUCCAAUUAAUGAAAAUAGCGAAUAUUCAAAAUUAUCGAAUCCUUCAAUGAUCGAUGAUGACCAUUUUGAGAAACCUUGUAAAGCUUGUGUUGAUUUCAAAGAUUGGUUAAAACACGGUGUUGUUGAUAAUAUUGAAAGAAAACCACAUAUUGAAGAACAAAUAUCUAUUAAUUCUGAAUGUCCAUUAAUGCGUGAUGAUGUAGGUCGUGCAUCAUGGUCAUUACUUCAUACAAUGGCUGCAUAUUAUCCAACGAAACCUAAACAAGAAGAAAAACAAUCAAUGAAUCAAUUUAUUGAUUCAUUUUCAAAAGUAUUUCCAUGUCCUGAAUGUCGAGAUGAUUUUCAAGAAGAAAUAAUUAAAUCACCACCGGAUCUUUCAAAUCGUCUUGGUCUUUCAACAUGGAUGUGUAAUCAACAUAAUAUUGUUAAUAAAAAACUAGGAAAACCUGAAUUUAAUUGUAAACAAGUAUUAGAAAGAUGGAGAGAUGGACCAAAAGAUGGUAGUUGUGAUUAA